AUGGCACAACUGGAAGAACUGGAGCUGCUGAAGAAGAGUCUCUGGGAAGAGGCUGAGCGGCCGGCGGAUCUAUUUGAGAAGAAGGUGGAAGCUUCCUUUUCUAAAACAGUUCUGAGCCAAGGAAUGGAUAACCGGUACCUGGUAUUAGCAGUCAAUAUUGUACAGAAUGAAGAAGGAACCCAUGAAAAACACCUAAUCAUCACUGCUUCCCAGUCACUAGAAAAUAAAGAACUGUGUAUUCUUAGGAAUGACUGGUGCUCUGUACCAGUGGAGCCAGGGGACAUCAUUCAUUUGGAGGGAGACUGCCUAUCUGAUACUUGGAUAAUAGAUGAAGAUUUUGGAUAUUUAAUUCUAUACCCAGACAUGCUGAUUUCUGGCACAAGCAUAGCCAGUAGUAUUCGGUGUAUGAGAAGAGCUGUCCUGAAUGAAACUUUUAGGGUGAAUAAUACUAACACCAAGGACUUUGCCAGAUUUCAAGCAGCCUUUUGCAAGGAUAACCUUUGCUUCUGGUAUCGCUUAAGUCUGAAUCAAGAGGAGAUAAAACAAGAAGUAGAGGAGUAUCUUCCUUCAUUUUCUAAAUGGGCCGGAGAUUUCAUGCAUAAGUACACUUCAGGUGACUUUCCACAGAUGCAGCUCUCUCUGCCAAGUGAUGGUAAUAACAAUAAUUCAACAUGUAAUAUUGAAGUCAUAAACUCACUGGACAUUGAAGAAAGCAUUUGGUCCCCUAGGUUUGGAUUGAAAGGCAAAAUAGAUGUCACAGUUGGUGUGAAAAUACAUCGAGGAUGUAAAACGAGGUAUAAGAUAAUGCCAUUGGAACUUAAAACUGGCAAAGAACUAAAUUCUAUUGAACACCGUAGUCAGUUGCAGAAACCAAGUAUAUUUGGAGAUUUAAUGAUGCGUGGUAUCGUAUUAAAGUUUCUGAGAAAUCAGAAAUUAUUAAGGCUAAGAAACCAGAUGGCAUUCUCUUUGCUUCACCGUAUUAGCAAAUCUGCUAGUGAAAAGGAGAAGACACAGCUUGCUUCUUUGCCACAAAUAAUUGAGGACCAACAAACUUGUAAAUAUUGUUCGCAAAUUGGCAACUGUGUUCUUUAUAGCAGAGCAGUUGAACAACAGAUGGAUGACAGUUCAGUCCCGAUUGGCAUGCUGCCCAAAAUAAAAGAAGAAACCCAACAUCUAAAGCUUACACACCUGGAGUAUUUCAGCCUUUGGUGUCUAAUGUUAACCCUGGAGUCACAAUCAAAGGAUAAUAAAAAGAAUCACCAACAUAUAUGGUUAAUGCCUGCUUCAGAAAUGGAGGAGAGUGGCAACUGCAUUGGAAACCUGAUUAGAACAGAAUGUGUUAAGACAGUUUGUGAUGGACAAUAUUUACAUAAUUUUCAACGUAAAAAUGGUGACAUUCCUGUCACAAAUCUAAUGGCAGGUGAUAGAAUUAUUUUAAGUGGAGAAGAGAGAACAUUGUUUGCUUUGUCUAGGGGAUAUGUGAAGGAGAUUAACAAGACAUCAGUAACCUGUUUAUUAGACAGGAACUUGUCAGUACUCCCAGAAUCAACUUUGUUCAGAUUGGACCAGGAAGAAAAAACUUGUAAUAUGGAUACCCCCUUAGGAAAUCUUUCUAAAUUGAUGGAAAAUACUUCUGUCAGCCAAAAACUUCGAGAUUUAAUCAUUGACUUUCGUGAACCUCACUUUAUAUCCUACCUCAGUUCUGUUCUUCCAUAUGAUGCAAAGGAUACAGUUGCCUGCAUUCUAAAAGGCUUGAAUAAACCUCAGAGGCAAGCAAUGAAAAAGGUACUUCUUUCAAAAGACUACACACUCAUCGUGGGUAUGCCUGGAACAGGAAAAACAACCACAAUAUGUACUCUUGUAAGAAUUCUCUAUGCCUGUGGUUUUAGUGUUUUGUUGACCAGCUAUACACACUCUGCUGUUGACAAUAUUCUUUUGAAGUUAGCAAAGUUUAAAAUAGGAUUUUUGCGUUUGGGUCAGACUCAGAAGGUACAUCAAGACAUCCAGAAAUUCACAGAGGAGGAAAUUUGCAGAUCCAAGUCCAUUAAAUCUUUAGCUCUUUUGGAAGAACUCUACAAUAGUCACCGUAUAGUUGCAACAACGUGUAUGGGAAUAAACCAUCCAAUAUUUUCUCGUAAAACUUUUGAUUUUUGUAUUGUGGAUGAAGCCUCUCAAAUUAGCCAGCCAGUCUGCCUAGGGCCACUUUUUUUUUCUCGGAGAUUUGUGUUGGUGGGGGAUCAUCAGCAGCUUCCUCCCCUGGUGCUAAAUAGUGAAGCAAGAGCUCUUGGCAUGAGUGAAAGCUUAUUCAAGAGACUGGAGCAGAAUAAGAAUGCUGUUGUACAAUUAACCGUGCAGUACAGAAUGAACAGUAAAAUUAUGUCCUUAAGUAAUAAACUGACAUAUGAAGGAAAGCUGGAGUGUGGAUCAGACAAAGUGGCCAACGCAGUGAUCAGCCUACCUCACUUUAAAGAUGUAAAGCUGGAACUGGAAUUUUAUGCUGAUUAUUCUGAAAAUCCUUGGAUGAUUGGAGUAUUUGAGCCAAACAAUCCUGUUUGUUUUCUUAAUACAGACAAGGUUCCAGCACCAGAACAAGUUGAAAAGGGUGGUGUGAGCAAUAUGACAGAAGCCAAGCUAAUAGUUUUCCUGACCUCUAUUUUUAUUAAGGCUGGAUGUAAACCCUCUGAUAUUGGUAUCAUUGCACCCUACAGGCAGCAGUUAAAGAUCAUCAAUGAUUUAUUGUUCCAUUCUUCUAUCAGGAUGGUCGAAGUUAACACUGUAGACAAAUACCAAGGAAGAGACAAAAGUAUCAUUCUAGUAUCUUUUGUUAGAAGUGAUAAAGAUGGACCUCUUGGUGAACUCCUGAAAGAUUGGCGACGUCUUAAUGUUGCUAUAACCAGAGCCAAACAUAAACUGAUUCUCCUGGGAUGUGUGCCGUCACUGAACCGCUAUCCUCCGUUGGGGAAGUUACUUGAUCAUCUAAACUCAGAAAAAUUAAUCAUGGAUCUUCCAUCAGAGGAACACGAAAGUCUUUGUCAUGUAUUGGGUGAUUUUCAAAGAAGAUAAAGCACUGUUUUCUUUGAUUUCUCAUACUGGCAUAUGAGAUCUCCUCUAAAUAUUACC